GGAUGGAAUAGACCGGUUAAGGUAUAGUGUUGAAUAAAGGGGAUGUGCUUGUUUUCUUUUGCCAGGGAACUUAAAAAGAAGAGGCUGUCAAGAUGCCUGAGACUGGCGGCGCAUCAGUUGUUCCCAAGAAGGGUCUGACACUCGAUGACCUCAUCGCGGCCAUCGACCAACAUGAAAGGAACCCGAGCAACAUCCCAAAGGGCGAUACUUUCCAUUUUUGUGGGGAGAGAGUCUCAGAAUGGCUAGAGCGGGUGGAACAAGCUUUGGUCGGGCGGCCGGAUGUUGUAAAGUUUCAAUGCAUCCUUCAGUAUGUUCUCCACAGCUACCAUAAGGAGGUGAAGAAAGUCAUAGAUGCGGCUCAAGGUAGCUGGGAAAGGUUCAAGGAGGGGAUGCAGAGGAAAUACCGCCUGGGAGACGGGUUGUUGACUACCACGGACCUUGAAGCGAUGAACAAAGAGGAUUUUACGACUAUAGGGGUCUUUGUUCAAGAAUUUAAGAAGAAGGCGCGGAAGGUCCAUGGGAUUUCGGAGGAAGCACAGUGCGCCUUCUUCCUGGGGCUACUCACAGCAUUGGAGGCCGUCGAGUUGACGAGACAUGGAGGAGGUAGCACUAAGCUCACCUGGGCCACCAUUGACAGAGGGGUGGAAGUUGGGUGCUUGGACCAGGUGGAACAACGUCAGGUACGCCUGCAAAGGCAGAAGAGAAAGGAAAGAGAUGCGACCGCUUUUGGGACCCCAGGAGUAACAAGGAUUGUUACAGACGUAUUGGCACAGCUAGGGUAUGUGACAGAGCCAGUGGUGCAAAGGAGGGUGGUGACGGCUGUUAAAGUAAAAGGAAAAGAGCCAGUGAUAGAGGAGGUUGGUCAGGAGGAGCUAUGGGAAGAGGAAGAGCCCGUGCCGCAGCACCUGACGAAGGUCCAGCGCAAAUUUGGGGAGGCCAUUGACAGAAGGCUUGGAAGAGUGAGGGCUGAAGCCCAACGAAGAGCGGCAGUUGGGCCGCCACCCCCUGCCAUGUUCACGCUAUGGCAGGAAAAGGAGGAACCACCGUUUGGGGUGGAAGAAGUGGGAAGUGAUGAGGAAGUGACUCAAGGGCUACGAGGAGGAAGUGAGACGGAAGAGACCAUAAUCAUCGAGUCAGAUGACGAGGAUGAGGAGGAAAGAAUGGAGCCUCCGUCCGUCUUAUUUGAGAAGAUGGAGGACUUGCUGGAUAAGAUGGGGAGGUACCAACAGAAGUUGGUGGGCCUCUGUAAAGAAGUGAAAGGAUGGAGGUCUAACAUCCCCACAGUAUUCCUCUAUGACUCCGGCCCGGAGUCAGCGCCUGGGCGACCCGGGGUAAAUGUGGUGGGGUCGUGCCCUCAACCAGGAAUGAGGGGGAGACCCCUCACUCCGCAGGUCUGGCUGGCACAGGCAGCGCGAACGAGGUAUCAAGCCAAGACCAGUACCAGCCAAGAGCCUCCAAGGGGGGAACACGAACCAAGGAGAAGGAAAGAGGCUGUGGAAGUAGAGGACGACGAUGACGAAGAGGAAGCGGACGAGAGGCUGCGCAGAGAAGAGGAUAAGAGAGCGGAGCAGCGGACAAGGAAAAAGGGGACCAGGGGAGAGGCCGAACCGGUCAUACAUGACGGACCGCCCAAAAAGAAGAAAUACGCCGUCCGGUUGGAAAAAGGAUUUGACGUAGAGAAGGUGAUUGACCGGCUGCUGGAAGGGCAUAAUGACCUCAUGACCCUGAAGGAAAUCCUAGCGUCAGCCCCGCGACUCCGCGAUGAACUGAAGGGGAGGUUAUCACGGCGCCUGGUGCCCAAUGUCCAUCUGGGUACGAUCCUGCCCAAGGAGGCAGAGUGGGCAGAGUCAGGUACGAAGAUGGACUGGAAGUGCGUAGCCUGCGGUACGGUGGAUUUGAUGGUGAAAGGUUCCAAGUGCGCAGCAAUGGUGGACACCGGGGCAGAGAUGAAUAUUAUUCGGGAGGCGGACGCGAUCAGAUUCGGACUGGAUAUAGACCGUUCUGACUGCGGUAUUCUGCAUGGAGCCAGCUGUAAGGCCAUGUUUUGCGGGACAGCCUCGAAUGUGCUCGUCGAGGUUGGAAAGGUGAAGGAGCGAACGUUGAUGGUGGAAUUAACGAAGAGGAAGCAUCGCGCCUACGCGUUUAGUGACGAGGAGCGUGGCAGCCUGGAUGUAGACAAGAUACCUAUGAUCCGCAUCGACACCGUGCCACACGAGCCUUGGAACAUGAGAGGGGCGCGAUAUCCCAAUCCUGACGAGGAAAGGAAGGUGGUGGAUUAUCUCGGCGGCAAGAUACGUACUCACGUCGCCGACUAUUCAAGUGGACCGUAUGCGUCCCCGUGGUUCUGCUUCAUUAAGCCUGACGGGGCGCUGCGGUGGGUGCAGGAUUUGCAAAGACUGAAUGCAGUGACCGUGCGAGAUGCUGGAGGACUGCCGAAUACAGACGCGCUGUCGGAAUCCUGUGCUGGAAGGCCUAUAAUUUCGCUUAUAGACCUUUACUUAGGAUAUGAUCAGUUCCCAGUCUACCCGCUGGAUGGGCCAGUGACAGCUAUGCACACGCCGCGAGGAUUAGUCCACAUGAACGUGGCCCCACAAGGGUGGACCAACGCAGUAGCAAUGGUCCAACGGGCCAUGAUUCGGGCCAUGCAGUCAGUUAGCCCCCAUAUCACACAGCCAUACAUUGACGAUUUGGCAGUGAAGGGGCCAGCGAUGAAAGAGAGCGACGUAGUCUCACCAGGGGACGACGAGUUCGAGGAAGGAGAGAUUAAGAAGGCUUUUCGUGCAGAGGAGUACGACGGGAUCUACCUAGAGCUGGGGCUUGUUCUGUCAUGUGAAAUGCGGCUAAGAGAUGCGAGCGAUAGGGCUCAAAUGAUGCUGCAGCGCUACUUAGUGCGAGACAGUCACCUUUUCGUGAAAAGGGAAGUGGGGAAUCCCAGGAGAGUCGUCUGCGGUAGGAAUCGUCAGAUCGACGUCGUAGCAGCGUUUCACGAUGGUAUUGCAGGAGGACAUCGAGGGCUACAAGCCACGUAUGCCAAGAUAAGUGAGUUGUACUACUGGGAUGGGAUAAUGGAUAUGGUCGGAAAGUACUGCCGAUCUUGCGUACCUUGUCAGGAAAGAUCCCGUUUAAAGUCUGACUUUACGAAGACAGCCAUGCCAAGAGGAGGGAAGGGGACACGGCCGCCUCAGAGGCCGUUGGGCUCAUUAGGAGGAUAUGAGCGGCAUGGGCCUCACCAUCGGGAGAGUACUCCAGUCUACAAUGAUGGGGACAUCGAGCUAUUCCUGGACAGUUUCUGGGAGCAUGCGAGGCGUAUGGGCUGGACCGUCGCUCAGGCGAUUGAGAGAUUAAGGGGAGCAGAGAUCCCUGAGAUAUGGAGGGACUUCUGGGAGCAGAGAGGAGAGGAGCUUCCAUCGCCAGUCAGAGCCGGGUUUGGGGUGGCCAGGAAGGCGGAAGAAAGGCUAGAUCAUAAAAUCAAGUUCCUGGCCAAGACCACUUUUGACCGACACUUGUUAUUGGAGGGCGAUCUGGCGGGGAAGAAAAUGAAGGAAGCCAGCCAUGGAGUAUGUCUGGAGGCUAUGGAGAUGAAAAUUCAGGAACUUAGGGCUUUGGUGGCCAGCCAGGCAGCUAUCAUUGAGAGCCUGAAGCAGCAAACCCAGGGAAAAGUGGACAGACCAGAGAGCAGCCGGCAGGGAGAGCAGAGGCAGCCAGGACAGGGACUGCCAGGACAGCCAUCUGCGACAGAGCCUCGCGAGGAGCCACUUAUGGGGAGGGUUAUCCUGGAGUCAGAGGAGGCGAGAGCACAGAGACAGGCGGAGAGAGAGGCAUUCGAGUUCAGAGCCCCUACUGAGCUCGCGACACUGCCAGUAGCAGCGGCGGGCCCAGUCGUACCUUUGGCAGUAGAGGAGAGGCUGCCAUCAUCUAGCAGUGAGCCGGCUCAGGGCUCAGUAGAGGAAUCCAUGGGCGUGCUCCUUGAGGCGGUGCAUACUAUGCAGGAGGAGGUGAGCUUGUUUUUACCUGAGCAGAGGAUAGAGGAGCCUCUUGAGAGAGAGAUGAGGAUUGAGGAGGAGGGUGCCAUCGAGGGCAGACUCCAGAGGAUAAUCACACCUGAGUAUGGACCAGAGGAGAUUGAGGAGCAGCCCACGGCAGUGCCAGAGGCGACACUCGAGAGGAGGCCUCAGAGGUUGGACACGCCCGAGUACGUCCCAGGGACAGAGGAUUUGAGAGGCAGACUAGGAUCUUGGGCUACUGGAUCUGGGUCUGGUGGACCGGUUCCGAGGACAGAGCAGCAGGGGGGUGUCGGUACCUUGGUGGGAUCUCCUUCAUCGUCACCUCCUCAGCCCAGGAAGAGGAAGUUCAAGAGAAAGGUAGAUCAGCUAUGUUUUUACUGCAAAAGAGACGUGCAUCUGGCUUUGGACUGUCUUGAGUUUCUUGAGGAUAAGGCAGCAGGGAAGAUCUCAGAGGUAGGGGGUAAAAUGUAUGAUAGACAGGGUAGGAUAGUAGAGAAGUCCGCAGAUGGACUUAAAACUCAGUUAUAUAGGCAAAACCAGGAGGAGUUGAGGAGGUAGGGCUCGGUUUUGUCUAUAUAAGUGAGCGAGCAUUUUGUGAGGCAUCAACUUAGGUUCUGUGUGAUACCCUYUUWGAC